AUGCAUGAGGACGAAGAGAGCGAUUUGAACAUUUUCACUGAAACUGAUGAAAAAGUUGUUGAUUUGAUGCGACAGUUGAGAGAGCGUGAUAAACGAAUCGAGGAACUGGAGGAAGAGUUGAGUUUGAAGGACGCGAUUAUCACGGAUAACUGCCAGCUGAUCGACCGUCUCGAACAGAAUUAUUCCGAUAAUUUAUCCGCAGAUUUGGUAAGUUACUCGUUUGGCAAGGCCUCAUUGGGAAAUAUGUCGGAUUCAACGAUCCAAUACAUUGAUUCAUGCGGGAAUCAAACGACUUCGGUUAACGACGCUAAAAGAAUACUGGAACAAUAUGAAGAUGAACACGAAAUGAGACUGAAACUCUCACAGCAGAAUCAAGAAUUAUUGAAGCAAUGGGAUGACGCUCUUGAAUACGUUGAACGGGUUCAAAAGCAACUGCAAGCUGAGGUGCGUCGUGUGGGCAAGCUGAAGGAUGAAAUUGCCUUUUUGAGGAAGAAGAUAAGGGACACAGUGAUCAUUUCGAAGAGUGGCGUUCAAUUGAUAGCUAUUUUGUUCAUUUUAUUCAGUCUUUAUCUGUAUAACUGCUGA